ACCAAAUCUGAUCCAGGAAAGAAGAAUUUGGGCAGAACUACUUCAGUGAGGCCGAGGCCGCUGAUGUUCCCUGAUCUUAUUGAGGACACACCACGGACUUUGAUCAAGAAAAUCAUCCAUAUCUUUCCACCAGCUUCACCUGUGGUACCUGAGAUAUCAAAACAUGAAGAACCAGAAGCGGCAGCAGAAGAAGCUCAAGCAGAACUCUCAACUGGGAGGCCUUCCAGCAUGGAGGAAAUGCAGCUGCCAGAGUUUGUUCCUGAGGAGAGAGCUGUCUUCGCAUUCCGUAUGAGUAAGGAGAGAAAUAAACUCAGCAUUUCUGAAUUUGAGAGAGCAGUAAACAAACAACUUCUCCAGAACCAAGCUCCAUCAACGCUGGACAGCACUAUGGCUGGAUCUCUUAGCAUGUCUCUUGGAUCCUUGGUGCAGCCAGACACUGUUGAAAGGAGAGGCCUGCUCCGGAGGCCAAAGAAUCACAAACCUGUUGACAUAAAAGCUUUUGAAGACAGAGUGGAACAGGACAUGCUGAGGAGAAAAGCACAGAGGUAUCUUGUGGACUCAGAAAUGUCAUCUGGGAUUCAAACAACCAUGCUGACAAGUGUGGAUACAGGCAAGAGAAGGACCCAAGGAUAUUCUCAGGACUUAAUCCUUGAUCGUGAGGAUGGUGACAGUAUGCCUUCUGUAUCUCCAAAACUGCCUGCAAACCCACCAGAAGAUAAGCAAGAUCAUUCCCAGUGGACUAACCCAGUGGAGCAGCUCUCUGUUUCAGAAGAAGUGGUGGUUAGCACUGUUAAUAGACGGACCUCCUCUUUGCCGUCCUGAAGUUCAAGUAAAUGUUUGUGGUCCCCAGUCACAAAGCCUGAGAGAUCUUUCAGCAAGUCUUUCAGAGACGUUGUGUCCCAUAUAAUUGAAGUCCUGUAUGUAAGUGAUACAGAAGAAGAGAUGGCUAUGACAGUGAACAGAGUGGAAUAGGAAGAGAAUUUCAGAGAGGAAGCAGCCCAUUUGGAAGAAGAGGGAAUAGCAGAAGGUGGCGUUGAAUACCAAGGCUCUCCCAAAGCUAGAUGUGAGAUUGCCCGAAGUAUUGGAGGUGAAAGUCUGAGUAAACAUUCUAACCCUACCUUCUCUGAAAACUCCGGGAUGGAGCCGUUUAAGGAAGCUGUUGAACAAGCAGAUGAAUUAGAGGACCAGCCUAUUUUUGUAGAACUGGAUAGUCUGGAAGAAGAGCCUACUGAGGAUGAAGCUGAAGACACUGAGAAUGAAGAGGAUUUCAUGAAGGCACCCACAUUUGUCAAUGCUGCAGCCUACAAGCCACCACUGUUAACUCUAUCACCUGCAAAACCUGCUGCUCCCGAUUUGCCUCAAAGGCCUCCUCUGCAGCCACAGCGGGCAAAGCCAUUUCCAAAGCACUCACAGAGAAAACCAUCUGAGCCUAAAAUACCAAGCAGUUUGAUAAAGAGCGUGUUUAAGCACUGUGCGAAAACGCCAGUGGCCAGAGAAUCGUUCAAAAUUGUUGAAAAAUGUACUGAGAAAUACUUCAAGCAGCUCUGCAAUGAUCUGGUAGCUUUCGCCAGCCAUGCCGGGAGGAAGACAAUAGAGGUGUCUGACAUGGAAGUCCUCAUGAGAAGACAAAGGCUGGUGACAGACGAGAUGCCUCUGCACGUGCUGAUUGAGCGUCACCUCCCUCUGGAGUACAGGAAGCUCCUGAUUCCAGUUGCUGUGAGUGGAAAUAAAGUGAUCCCUGGAAUUAAAUGCAGCAGCAGCCGCAGGGGGUGGAAAGACGCCUGA